AGGGAUGAGCGGACAUGACGCCAUGCCCCGCGACCUUACGAUGGUUAUAUUUUUCUGAAGCGCAUGAGAGGUGCGCGUGCGCCUGCUGCACUCGGUAAAAUCGUUUUAUUGGCUUUCAGAGGAUGGUGCGUUCGCGUUGCGUUCAUAUAUGAAGCUUGAAGAGGUCAUUUUCCUGCCGGUUCUCAAAACCUCGCGGUUAAUGCGCUCGCGCUCCGUUACCGGCUAGUGAUGGGACGCGCACGAGCUCGUGGCUUACUGUGAUUUGAGUAGUUUUAUGUUUUAUUCCAGGUUUAAGUCUCCGCACAGCUGCGCUGGUUUAGCUAGUUCAGGUGAGUCUUUGUUGGUUUGGGUUAGUUAUUGGGUUGUAGCGAUUUAUUCUGGUUUAGUUAGUUCAGGCUUAAAUCUCAGCGCAAGUGAGUUGGGUUUGGGUUGGUUAGGAUUGAGUUUUAAUUUCAGGCGAGUUAGUCAGGAUUAGUUUGGUUGUAAAUCACAGCAAGGGUAUGGUGGGUUAGUGGUCAGUUUAGUUGCAGGUCAGUUGAAUCAGUUCAGCACAGGUCUAUUGGUUAGGUUCAGUUUGACAUGACAGGUCAGCUGGGUUACAGAUAGUUCAGGUGUCAACUAGGUUUAGUUGUCACAGGUGUCUGUUAAGUUUAGGUUGGAAGUCAUAUGUGUGUUGUGUGAGGGUAAGUUUGGUUCAUGUGUGUUGGCUUUAGACAGUUGUCAGGGAAAUCACAGGUGGGUUAGGUUUAGUUUAGUUCAGGUUUAGUUUAAGCUCUGCCGUGAUGGCUAAAGGUGAGUGGAAGAGGUCAGGCACAGAUGAUAUCCAGUUAACUGGCCGCUCUGAGUGUGAAGUGUUCGAUGAUGGAACCAACACGUUCUUCUGGAGGGCACAUACUGUGACCGUGCUGUUCAUCCUGACAUGUGUUCUGGUUUAUGUGACACUAUUGGAGGAGACGCCACAUGACACGGCGUACAACACUAAAAGAGGAAUUGUGGCCAGUAUUCUGGUGUUCCUUUGUUUUGGAGUAACACAAGCUAAAGAUGGACCCUUCACACGUCCUCACCCAGCAUACUGGCGUUUCUGGCUAUGCGUUUCUGUUGUGUAUGAACUCUUUCUCAUCUUCAUCCUGUUUCAGACAGUGCAUGAUGGCAGGCAGUUUAUGAAAUACAUUGACCCAAAACUUGGCAUCCCUCUUCCUGAAAGAGGUUAUGGCGGGAACUGCCUCAUUUAUGACCCUGGACAUCCUGCCGACCCCUUCCACAAUAUCUGGGACAAAAUGGAUGGAUUUGUUCCUGCCCAUUUUCUCGGCUGGUACAUUAAGACGCUGGUGAUCAGGGACUGGUGGAUGUGUAUGAUCAUCAGUGUGAUGUUUGAGUUCCUGGAGUACAGUCUCGAACACCAGCUGCCCAACUUCUCUGAGUGCUGGUGGGACCAUUGGAUCAUGGAUGUGUUGGUGUGUAAUGGGUUGGGCAUAUACUGUGGCAUGAAGACUCUCGGUUGGCUCUCCAUGAAGCCAUAUCAGUGGCAGGGAUUGUGGAACAUCCCAACAUACAAGGGGAAAAUCAAACGUAUUGCCUUCCAGUUUACCCCGUACAGCUGGGUGAAGUUUGAGUGGCGCCCCGCUUCUAACCUGCGAAGAUGGCUGGCGGUGUUGGGUAUUAUUUUCACAUUCUUAUUGGCGGAGCUGAAUACGUUCUAUUUGAAGUUUGUGUUGUGGAUGCCUCCUGAACAUUAUCUGGUGCUUCUGCGGCUCAUCUUCUUUGUGAAUGUGGGUGGAGUGGCUAUGCGAGAGAUCUACGACUUCAUGGAUGAUCCGAAAUUCCAUAAAAAGUUGGGCCAGCAAGCGUGGAUUGUGGCAGCCAUCACUGUUACGGAGUUUCUGAUCGUGGUCAAAUACGAUCCCAACACCAUCAUGCUGCCAAUCCCCUUCUUCAUCACACAAUGCUGGAUACUCGGAAUCGUCCUCAUCCUCAUUUGGACCUUGUGGCGGUUCUUCAUCCGUGACAUCACACUCCGGUACAAAGAAACACGCCGGCGCAGACAGGAAGGGUCUUCAGAGCGGGACAGAGUCCCUGGACACGCUGACGGCAGCAAUUUAGCCACAUCAGGCCGUAGCAAACUAAACGGCAGUAUGGACACGGUGCGACACAGGAAGCCAUGAAUCCAUCCUUCCACACACAAACAGCCGUGCACUACACAUCGCAACUGGACACACGUUUGUGUUUAUAAUCCUGUUCAGAUCAUACCAACGCUCAUGGUGUCUGUCGAGCGGCAUCCAGAGAGAUGAUGCCAUCAUUUUCUCUCCCUGCGGAGAGGGUUGUUGUGUAUAUUUAGGAAAAAUAUGUCUUUGUAGCUGUUACAUAGGUGAGGCAUUUAGGGUUCGGGGUUCACUGUCCCUCUGGUUUUGGGUUUAUUGAUCGGUGCUAUGCAGGAAAACACAUUUCGAUGCAGAACACUAUGCAGUGAACUAACGGUAGAGGAAGUGCACAUACAGCCAUUUAUGAAUAAAACUAUUGUUUUUAAGUUACAUUUAGUGGGUAGGAACACAGGAAACAUCCUGCUUGAGCUACAACACUAUAUUUAAAAAGCUAUAAGAAUGUAAUUAUUUAAUCUGCUGUGUCCUUCUGCUAUGCUUAGGAUGCUAAAGGGAGUUAGCGUGCCUGUUACACAAGCACCUCACACAAGGACAAUCCUUCUGACCUGUUAAACACGAGUCAGUGCCAUGACUGGACCAAAAUCGAAGAACUUUACUUUUCGUUUGCAUGCGUGAAUGUGUGCACGAGACCAUAACGGCCAAAACAUUCAUCAUGCUGAUGCUGUGUUUAUUUCUGCAGGGAAACCACAGAUAAAAAA